UAGAUGGUAGAAUCCUAUCACAAUAUGGCGGCCGCGGGUUUGAAAAUCUAAACGGGUGGAACAGAUAAUAUUCACAGUAACGCCUCACUUUGUGCGUUAUAUUUCUGAUUUUUCUACAAUGUCACGCUCAUUUUUAUGUUAACUUAAGAAUAUGGUAAAAACAGAGGACAUAUCCACCAUGGCGGAGGGCUGGAGAGAAGUGUUCGAGAGCAGCCGGUUGGUUCCCCCGCACAGCCAGACAGUCCGCCUGGCCGCGGACAGCCACUCCAGCCGGUCCCACGGCUUCCAGCUCAGCCUCAGCCGGCUCACCGCAGCUCACCGGCCGGAGUCACAGGAGGUGUCAGAUUUGGAGCAAGAUCUGACAUACCAGCUGCGAGUGACCCUGUUUGACAGAAAUCACCAGCACUUCUUUGGGAAAACAUGGAAGAGCCCACCCCAGAAGAUGAAAAACAACAAGAUCUCCUUCAAUGAGGUCUUGUACUUCCACACGUCUCUGCAGUUGCCCAGCACGGUGGUGGUUCUGGAGUUGGUGUCAUUGUCACCCAGGCCAGAUGGCUCUCUGCAGGCCCUGGGGCGAGGCUUCACUGUCUUGGAGCUUUUUACCAACAAGCCAGAGGCUCAGGCUGCUGAUGGGGACAGAAGACUGAAUCUACACCAUGGAUCACCAAGGAGCCUCCUCCAUCCAAUGCUGAAGGACACUGUUGACUACAGCAGUAUCCUGAAGACUAUUGAUGGAGCACAUUUGAUCUGUGUGGUAAAAAGCCAUCCUGCACUGGUUUCCAUGAUGCACCUCCUUCCAGAGAAUGUCCUUGUGUCCGGAGAUGAGAACAUUCCUGGACUAACAGCCUCUGCAGCAGGAGAUGCUCUGUUGAGGCCUCAGCUGCUCAAGAUGCUGCCCUUCACCCUGAACAGACUGACCAUCUCCCUCCAGCCGUCCCUGGAGAAGUUUGAGAGCCAGCUGCUGCAACUGAUCAAUGUAGACUGCCAUAACACGAAGCAGCCAGGACCAGAGGGUACAUCGAGGACAGUUGUCAUUCAGGAAAGGAGGCUCCACGUUGGGGUCCACAAUGGCUGGUGUUUCCUUGAGAAGCCCCAAGUGGUGGUUCUGGAGCCCUUAGCCUCAGGAGUCAGAGGGCGAGCAGACAGCACCUCCAAACAGAGCACCCUGGCCAAGGACAGCUCGGCAACAUCAUCCCUCCCUCAGAUGCUGGCUCUUCGCAGCAACCUGGAGAUCCGGUUGACCAAUCAUCAGGCUUUAGCAGUUAUCUUCCAGCUGGAGUAUGUCUUCUCUGCUCCAAUUGGCCGAGAAACUAUGCUGUCUGCUACCUCCACACCCCGAGCGGCCUUCUUGCAGUGCCUUCGUUGGGGGAUUUGGUGCCCCUUCCAGGAUUCGGCUGACUGGAAGGGGGAAGAGAUACAGCUUGUUCUGCAAGGAGGUGCAAAGCCAAACCCUCACGGAGUCAUGGUCUACAGCACAGAAACGUCUGCCAAAACUCUGAGCCCUGUGCCACUCUCAGCUCCAGGAGCAGCUCAGGAGGUCUCGGAGGCGAAAGAUAUGAUAAUGUUUCGGCUGUCAUCCAGUCUGGAAAGGAAGGCAUCAAGCCCGAAGGCUUCUCUGAGGACAAAGCAGGAGGAUGUCUCAUGUCAGAGAAGAUCACCUUCAUCACCCUCAAAGGGUCAGAAAUACAUUCCACCAGCUUCUCCUCCAGAGUCACCUCAAGGCCCCGGGCUCUCACUGUCUCAGCUGGCAGCUACUUCACGCUACCCGACUAUCAGCCACUCCAGCUCAGCGUUGCCGUGGCAACAGUCAUUUCCUUCUCUGCUCCAUCCUUCCCCGUUGGCAUCGGCCCACCAGCUGUCACAUGUCGCCUGCUCAGCUGUCAGCAACAUUGCCCACCUAGAGAUGGAUCUUCAGCUGGACAGGGAUGUGUCACCCUCAGCUCAGGAUGAAGGAGACCAACUUCAGGAGCUGCCCUUCACCCCCGUCCACGCUCCUGUCAUCACUCUUGGGAUGAAUGCACCGAGUUCCUGCUCAGUCAGCUCCAGGAGCUCACUGGCCCACCUCCACUCUGCUGGCUUCCCUGACAUUGUGGACUGUAGAGGGCAGGUGGCAGAAGUCCUGGACCCCACAGAGCCUGUGCCCUUUGACCCCCAGCGUGAAGAGACUGACCCUCUACAGGGCAACCUGCUGGUGUUCCAGUUUCUAGCGUUUACCAGAAUACCAACAGCGGGGGUCGGUCCUAAUUGGCCUGACAACAUCUACUUCACCUUCCAGUUCUACCGCUUCCCACCAGUCACAUCGCAGCAGCUCAAACUACUGACCGGUGACACGGUUCAGCAGAAAGCUGGCGAUCCACUUCCCUGUGUACUGGCCUCCAUCAACAAAGACGGCACUGUCAACUCUGGCUCUCCAGGGCUGCAGGUGCAGUUCAGAGUAGAUGAGAGUUUCCUGAGGCCAAGAGAGAAGCGCUGGUUCCUGCGCUACCUGGCCCUCCACACCAUGCACAUUGACAUCUGGGACAGCGACUCAUUGCUCCUCAUAGGUUCUACUGCCAUCGAGCUCAAGUACAUGUUGCGUCAGGGUAAAACAGCAGUACAGGCCCUUCAUGAGGUUGAGGUGCUGACCACCGAUUACGUGGGAGAGGACACCCUGCUGGCGAGUGCAGAUUUGGGUCGACGCACAGCCUCCAGCCCCAUGACGGUCCAUACUAUUCUCAGAGCCCGGCUGCACAUACGCACAGGAAACAUAGGGUGCCCAGUAGAUCCUGGCAGGAGGAGGGCAGCAGAUGUGAUGUCGUCCCCUUCUCACAUCAUCACACCUCGCAAAGUCACUGGUGGCUUCAGAGGAGGAAGCCUGUCCUCCAGGAACAUCCUGCAACUCAAUGCGAGGAAUGCUGCACAAGCACAGAGACUGCAGAUAGACCAGGCGCACAUGCCACCGUUCAGACGCGGGAUCAGAGCUGACACCAUUAUGCCCGCAGAGCACAACCUAAACGAGCCUGACGGUGGGCGCCACAAGCUCAACUGCAUGGCCGCUGUGCAUCAGAGAGAGGGCAAGGAAGAUGCUAAAGCGACUAAAGUCACGGAUCAGACUAAGGAAGCCCGGUUGGCCAGAGAACUUCAGCACAUCAAACCGUUUGAAGAGCGCAACAAGACAGAGGCCAUUGCCAACAUGCUGAGCCAGGCCAUCACCACCCAGCACCUGCUCUACGCCAGCCUGGGCUCUGCUGAGUACAUGGAGUUUGUCCUUAAAAACCCCUUUAAUGUACCCCAGACCAUCACUAUCCACAGCGAUGAUUCUGAGCUCAGUGUCAUCACUAACAUAGAGGAGUGGCGUUACUUCAAAGCACUGACCAAAACUCCUACCUCGCUGGAGGAGAACAUGUUCCACUUGGACGAGGGUGCCCCAGGUCCCAGGGUUUAUCUCCGGCCCAAGGAGAGCAUCCACAUUCCCCUGAAAUACCAGAGCUUCCUCUGCGACCACACCAUGGCCCUUCAGGGUCCGAGCUUCCUACCUACAGGCAAAAGUUCUGAGAUGGCCAAGAAGAAUCUAUCCAAUAUUGUUGCUGCCAAAACGAUCAAGGUUAUGUUCAAAACAGAUGACGGCAAGCCGGUGGCUAUCUGCCAGGUCAAUGUAGAGCCGACACCCCACGUUGUCGACCAGACUUUCAGACUUUACCACCCUGAGCUCUGUUUCCUCAAGAAAGCCAUCCGCCUGCCGCCAUGGCACGACCCCUCAGUUGGAGACCCAGAUGCCAGGUCUCACAUUUCCGUACGCUGCAGUGACCCUAACAUCAUCUGCCAGACAAGGAUGUUGGUGCCGGGGGAGCCUCAGGAUGUGUACUUGAAAGUGCCAGGGAGUCCCAGUCCACACAUAAAAAUGUUCUUUGUGAUGGUUUUCACUGAUAAGUGGAUGGCAGCACCCUCCCAGAUCUGGCAGAUUUACGUGCAUUUCAUGGAGCGGGUGGACGUCAGUUGUGUAACUGGCCAGCGGAACUGUCAGUCACUGGUGCUGAGGGGGAAGCAGGCUGUUCGCAAGGUCCAGUGUUUCUCAUCACACCCCCAGGAGAUUGAGGUGGACCCCAAGGGUGUGUUUGUUUUGCCUCCUGCAGCAGUGCAGGAGCUCCAGCUGAAGGUGCAGCCAUGGCGGGCGGGCAGCCGCUUCCUGUACGUGAACGCGGUGGACGUGGAGCACCGACGGCUGGUCACUGCUUGGCUGCUUUGUCUCAGUGUCCACCGGCCUGUGCUUUCCAAGGCAUUUGAAGUGUGUGUCCCAGUCGGUGGUGGUCGUGGCAGCUCCAGGAAAAUCACUUACACCAACCCUUACACCAGCAGCCGCAAAUUCCUGCUUCGCUCCGACCAUCCAGACCUGCUCCAGUUCAAAGAGGACAAAUUCCAGAUUGGAGGGGGAGAAAGUUACACCAUCGGAUUACGAUUCGCCCCCAGCCAGAGUCCCGGCUCAGUGGAGAUCCUGGUUUACGUGAACAACCUGGAGGAGAAGACAGAGGAGACGUUCUGUGUGAAAGUUAGCUACUCAUGAAUGAUGUUUCUGGCACAGUGAGUGUGAAAUGAACUCAAAUGAGGAAAAAAAUACCUAUAAUGUUUCUACUCAGUGUACGUAAUUUAAGACAGAAAUAAACUUUUUUUAUCACA